UGAAUUUGAUUUCGCUUGAGAACAGAGGGCAUUGGUCGGAAGGAAAAUGACGGCCUUUCUUCCGCCGAAUCUUCUAGCCUUAUUCGCUCCACGCGAUCCAAUCCCAUAUUUAACGCCUUUGGAUAAACCUGCUUGGUUGAAACGACCAUGGCCGUACUCGGGCAUUGCUAAGUUCGUCAGAGAAUUCGAGGUGAGAAAAUUGUGGCAAACAUUCUGUUUUGUGCAUUAUUGAGAUAUCGGAAAUGAUUAUUAUUAUCUGAAUGUUUCUAUAAAGUCAUUUUUUAAAGCCAAAACAAAGUAAAGCUUCUGAGUUGAUGUUGAUCGAUGAAAUGUGAGUUGGGGAACUUCAAGGUUUUGCUGAAGUUGAUUAUUCCAUAGCAUCUACCGCAGCUGUUUACACAUUCCAACUCAUAGCUAAAUCUUUGGCUAUAUUUGCUUUUAAAAUCGCUGUGUUAAGUACUGCAGUUCUUGUGAAAGAAACCCCGUCACGAAGAUCAGGAUUUAUUUGUUUGGCGUCAUUUUUGCCAGCCCAAACUUGUUUUAAUUGUGUCAUUCAAGUAAUAAUGCUCAAAGGAACUUGAGCUAUCUUAAAGAAAUGCUAAGGUUCAUUAAGGGGAAGUUAUGAUUACCAGUAGCAGCUUUAAAUGCUCUUUCCUCUCCCAACUGAAUCACAACUUUUUGACUCGUUACUACAUGCAAAAGUGAGAAGCAUUAUUUAAAGAAAGUAGGAAAUGAAUGGAACAACAAUAAUUAUAGUUUCAUAAAACUAGGAUUAGAUUUGGUAUAAGCAAAUUUCCAGGUCUACCUUAACCCUUUGUCCCCUUAGAGUGAUUGGCAUCUAAUUUCUCCUAACAACCUCACCCCUGAAUCUCACAUUAAAGUCAUGAGAAUAAAGUAAAUAAUCUCUAACUUAAGAACUCUUGAUUGUUAGCAUUGUAGGGAUGUAAAGGAUUAAUGUUGUGUCUCUUGUUUGUUUACUCUUUGCAUUUCAUGGCAUUUUAAGCUCUCUUUUGUCAUGGUGUGCUAGACUUUUGUCCCUUCCUAGUUUACUUGUUUGCCACAGUAUACACUGUAGUAUGCUCAGACUACCUGAACUAGAAGAGAAAUUUCUUAUCAAAAACAUAAUGUUAAUUGUGCAGUGCAAUGCACCCUACUCCACUCACACCUACUCCACUCACAACAGUCUAACAUUGUGGUCAGGUGGUCAGUAAUUGAGCUGAGAAUUUGAUUGAUGGCAACCAAGAUAUAGAGGCUAGUGGUAGAAGGCAGCUAGUGCAAUGACUAGAGAAAUGAAUGAAUAAUUGGUUGUAAACUGUGUCUUUUAAAACUAGAACUUCACAAAGCCUAUCGUAAGAUUUAGUGAAGUGACCCUUAGCUGAUAUUUUAUUUAAUAUCACUUGUUCACAGGAUCCAAAAGAAACUCCCCCUCCAACACGUGGAGAAACAAGAGAUGAAAAAACAGAACGCAAGGUACAUAUAAAGUAUCUUUAUGAAAACAUUUUUCAUAUACUGUAGAGAAAUGUGGAGCAAGAGUUAAUUCACAUGAAGAAUGGUUAGGUAAUCCUUUUUCAGGAGGAAUUGAUUGAAAAAGAAUUCCAGAAAUCAGUACAGAUGAAUUGUAUUGAAUUGUGUCCUUUUUAAUGCCAGAUUAUUGAAGUUUAGGGUAAAGGCUCUUUUCAGCUUUGUUAAGUUAGGUGCUAAAUGUCUUCUGAUAUAAUUAAAAUUGAUUUUUAGAGAAAAGAAAAAAUAGAACGUACGACAAAGUUUCAAGAAGAGCAGAUGGAGCAAUGUAAGUAGCUUUACAAAAUGCAGUCUAAAAUAUUGUUUUUUGUUAAGAUUGUUUUUGUUGUUGUGGCAUCUGUCUGAUUAUUUGUGAUUUCAUGAUUCCCAAUGCUAGAGUAAUUUCUCUGAUGUAAGAGAAAUCUCUUACAUGGGAUUACAUUGCAAUUUAAGUGUUUGCAGGGUUGGGUGUGCUCAUGGGAGCUCAGCUAGGAAAGGUUGCUGAUUCAUCUACAGGAUUUUUGCAGAUACUUGGAUUGUGAAGUCAAGAACUGCCUGUGGAGAUCAGUAGAUCCUCUGUACUACUUGCAUGUUCCUGCUUAAAACUUUUGAGAAGGGCUAUAUGGUUACAUUCCUGAGUUUGAAUUUCAUUUCUUUACAGCUCUUUGUUUCCUUUUUAUCUAGGGGAUCCUCAUAAUGAUGCAAAUGCUGUUGGAACUGAUGCAUUCAGGACACUUUUUGUUGGAAGAAUUGUAAGUAAUGUGUCUAGCAGUUUUAUCUCGAUAUAUUAGAUUUAAACAUGGAGGGAGAAAAUUAUGUAAGCAUACCAAACUUGCACGUAUUUCUAGCAAUAUGAAACUAUCAGGCUUUGGACAAAACUAGUUUUGUAUACAUCAAGUGGCUAACAGAGCAAGACAGAAAAAGAGUGCAAAGGUGUAAGCUUGUCUUUUUCAUUGUCUCCCUUUGGCAACCUGAAAUUGUUAAAUUGUGACUAGCAAUAAUUGAAGACUGGCCUCUAAAAAUGACACUUUGUGUAACAUGACUGAAGAUGAUACACUUGGCUAGUUUUUUAAAGGAGGAUGGUUGUCAAUGUUUCAUUUAUUGAAAUCAUUUUGGAGGUUCACAUAACAUCUCAAAGCUUAAAUCUUCUGACAAAUAUGCUGAAAAAGGGAAGAAUUAUCUGCUUAAAUGACUUUUCAAAUAAAUUUUUAUUGGUCUUUAACUUCAGACCAUAGACACUAAAUACAUUUGGUGGCUCAGAGGGAUAUCAAACCAAUAUUUUCAUUUGAAUUUUGUCCUACUGUAGAACUUUGACACCUCUGAAUCUAAACUGAGAAGAGAGAUGGAGCUGUAUGGGCCGAUCAAAAGAGUGAGUGAUUUACUUUUGAUGAAUUAUGUUGCUUUGCAGUACAUUUAAUUAUUUAUUUGUAUGUUUGAUGCAGCAGUAUUUAAAGAUGCUGUUGUCUCAAUAAUAUGGCAUGGAAACAUUGGUGUAAACAAACCAAUGGCAAAUCUUAAAGUAGCUUGUGUCAAUUUUUUUAAUACCCAUCAGAAGAUAUCAUUCUAAAGCACUUGUUCACAGCUUAUUCUUUCCAAUAUCCUGUUUUUUUUUUUUUUUUUUUUUUUUCAUGAUUAACACUUGAUAUAUUGCUUGUUAUUUUGGCAAGGAAAUUAUAUAAUACAAUUUUAUAGUAAUGAAAGACAAUAUUAUUAUGUACUGAAAGGUCCUUGUAGCUCUCUCAAGGUGAACUUAAAUGGCAUUUAUCUGACUAUGAUAAGUGCACAAAAUUUGCAAUUUUCUUGAAUUCUUAGUUUUAGGCACAAAUCCCUGAUUUUCCUUUAAAAGUGUAACUGAUUCAACCAUUUUAUUCCCUUGAGUGACCAAGACAUAAUUUUUCCUUCCAAUAUCAAUUUGACACUAAGCUUAAUUUCCCUAGACAACAGUUUCAUACAGACUUCUUAAUGGCAGAGAUAUCAUUUAGAUGACAUUUGGAGCACAUUUCUUGUUUAAAGUUUCAAAGAAUUAAAUGUGUGGCUCUCUACUCUAUUGUAGAUCAUUUACCUCUGCAGUUGAUAAGUCUGAAGUCAUUCAUGCUAGUCCAAUUCAGAUAUUUUAUUACUCUAUUCAUUUGCAGAUUCACUUGGUGCACAAUACAACAAAUGACAAGCCUCGAGGUUAUGCCUUUAUUGAGUAUGAACAUGAACGAGACAUGCACGGUGAGUAUUGCACAAUUUUUUGUCAAUGUAGACCUUCAAUAUUACCACUUAUAUCUGUCCUACUUUACUUCAAUAUACAUGUAUGUUGUAAUUUGAAAAGAAUUUAAGUCAAAGUGACAUAAACCUAGUUUAAUUUUUACUUUUCUAGAAAAAACACAAAUCAACUAGUUUAAAAAAAAACAUUUUGAACUGAAUUCUAUUUCAACUUACAACAUGUACAUGGUUUUCAAUAAUUCACUAUUUUUCCUAAAAUUUCCUUGAUGUGCUUUGAAAGCAAGGUUGAGGGAAUUGAAUAUGUUUAAACUUAUAAUUUUUUUCAUCUAGAGACUCCCACAUGUGUAUUUUGUGGUUUGAAUUUUUCAAUCAAGUUGAUUUCAACUCCUUUGUUUCCUUUUCAUUAUCAUGGCUCCAUAAGACUUUGAAAACCACAAAAUGCAAAUGUAUUACUAUUUGAUAGUUACCAAGUUCAUAAUUUUAUUAUUAAGAUUAAAGGUAGCAUUUAUUCUUACUCCCGUAAGUAUGAUAGAGAAGUUUACUGCAAGCAGCUGUGAGAGGUACAAACAAGGCUUAUGGGUAAUGGUGUUCAGUAGUUUAACUUAUACAUAUUCUUUGGUGUACAUAAUUAUAGGCAUUUACGAUAAAACUACACAUGACAUGGUAAAGGGUUGAUCUGUGCAAUUCAGAAUUUAUUUUUGACAAACACACUUCGAGUGGUCUUGUUUACUAGUAAUGCUAAAUUUACCAGUAUUGCAAAACCAAAGGUUGUAUUUCUUGCGCUUUGGAAUAAACACUGGUGGAAAAAGAAUCUGUGAAAAAUUGGUAAAAAAGGAAAUGAAGAUAAAGAGAGUGCUUCUAGAAAAGCUUUGAUCAAGCUGCCUUUGAAACAUCAACAGACUAGUCUCUUUUUAAGACUGGUCGAUGUUUUUCACUUUUGUGAUUCUUCAAAGUCAACAAAUUAAGCUUGUUUUUAGUAGAUUUGGACCCAAUUUUAGCUUAAGAGGAAGGGAAGGAACAUUUGUUUGAAUUCUUUACUAAGUUUCCCUAUUUUGAUCGAAUCUUGCAGUGAAUACUGUAUCACUCACCAUCACAUGAAACUGAGAGUUAUCUUUGAUGGGCCAGUACUUGGUUUACUUUUCCAAUUACUCUUGUACUCUCCUGAAAGAUAAUCAGGUAAAAAAUGGUGGGUAUAGGUUUCUGGCAGGUAAAACUGAGUUGACCCUCACUGUUUUCAGUCCAAAAGAAAGAGAAGAAAUCCAUGCAAAUGCUAAAGGGAAAGGUUUUGUUGUUGGUUGUGGAAAAUUGAAUUGAAAAUUAGAUUUGCAAAGGGCGAAAAUGCAAUGAAAUUAUCUGUUGUAAGCCAAAUUCUUUUUGAGAACCAAGUUUUGUCAUCAGUGAAUUUUGAGGUAAUAUUGAUUUACAGAUUUGUGUGCUGUUUAAGGAUUUUGAAGUAUUUUUGAUCCCAAAAAAUGCACAAAAGGAGUGAAAUUUGGCUCAAAAAGUGAUUUCAUCCUUUGCUUUCAAUAUUUUUUGCUAUCAAAGCAGCAUCCUAAUUACAUUCUGUUUGCAAUGAACUGGAAUUGGUUUUUAAAAGAAUAAGAGAAGAAAUCUUUUCUGGCCUGACAUGAAUUUCCUGCAUCAAAAUGCAAAUGGUUGUCUACCAUACUGGAAAAGGGGUAAACAGUCUUUGAUAAAAUACAACUAAAAUUAGUGUGUAUGGGAAAGAAGGGUGGCUAAACUUCCAUAUUAAAAUAAUAAUUUCUCGGGUGAGUAUAGCCAAGGGAAGCCAAUUUGCUAUUUCUUUCUGUGUCUUAAACUAGGUAAGAAUGGAUUUGCAAUUGCAUUUCUGACCAGUUAUUGAAACACUUCUGGACAAUGGUAAAUACGUUUACCAGUGUUCAGUUCAUUACAAGUGUUUCCCUAGCUUCAUGGAGAUCGAAGAAACCAUUCAUUCUUAAUGAAAUAAAUUUUAGUUUUUGACAUUAAUAGGAUUGUUGAAAUCUUAUUGCAUUAUGUGUGUAAUAGUUUGUUGCCUCAACUUGGUAAUUCAGGAUAAGCGCAACUCUAAGUGGAAGUAAGAUCCAAAACAUUUUAGAGGGUAGGGUGGGACAGGGUAUGAUGUUAGAUUGGCUUCCUUUGGUGAAGUCACUGGUUGUGAUGGUAAUGAACUACAGUGACACAUACACAAAGUACUGGAGAGCAAUGACUGUCAACACUCUUUGCCGAGUAAUGUUGGUUCCGUAAGGACCUGGCAGGAGUGUGAGUAUAAUUACACUUCAUCUUUUUUUAUACCCCUAAAUCCCAUUUGAUUUUAUUUUUGCAUCUAUCCAACCAAAAUAAGAGCACUCUUCUAUUGGGGAAAAUUUUGUUGGAAGACAAAUUGUUUUCUUUUUUUAAUGUCAGAAACUAUUGGGAAACCAAUUCUUGUGGUGUUUUAUGAUGUGAAGCUGGUAUACAGUUACUUUUCUUGUAAAUACCAGUUUCAGCAUUGUUGUGGGUGACCUUUGAUUAAGAUUUCUCUUGAAAUGUUAAAAGGCUACAAAGAAACUUUACUUUGAAAAUGAGAAGAGUUGGUCCAAUCCUAUUCUUGCCAUGUAAUUUUCAAGUGCAAGGGGAAGCCAGGAAGUAGUUCAAAGAGUGUUAAAAUUGCGUGCUGGCAUGUUUUGGCUGUUCCAUUGAUGACUAGCUCUGCUCAUUUCCUUAACACAUACAGUGACCCAUCAUCAGCUGAUAGCAAUACAGAUGGACCAUAUUUUCAUGCAGUCAACCCCUGGUUAUACACACCAUUCUGUGGUCCUUAUUUUGAUACAAUUUCACUGAUGAAGUAACCAGUUUUAUUCAAUACAUGCAAAGCAAGAAUUCUACAGCUUUUUUCCCAGUCAAAGUGCUACACUACUUCACGCAGAGAAGUGAAAACCUUUCUCUCCUUAAAACAGCAUCUGAUCUUCGUUAUAAUCAAGAAAUUAUCUCUUUGAACAAGUUUCUGAAUUUUUAUAAGUUUGAAAUUGUCUAUACCUCUCUGUUGGAUCACCAUGGUCGCGGCAUUUGUGUAACUAAGGGUCGACUGUUUACUAAACAUCAAUGCCUUCGCUACUCCAAAGUUACCGAGUAUAAAAACAGGCUAAAAUUAUCCAUAUCAUCCAGGUUACUCAAACUCUAUGGGUAAAAAUGACAAACAGUUUCUUACAAAAACCUGUUGCUUAUCUGUGAGCCAAAAGUUGACUGUAAGGUAGUGGAGGGAAGCUGUUCUUAGUUAUUACAGUCAUCCAUUUUUUUGUUUUUGGCAUCUGAAGGGUAAAAAGUAUAAUUAUGGUUUAAGACUUAAGGGGCUGACAGACAGUAUUUAGUGAAUUUUAGUUUCAAAGAUAGUAUGUGCACCAAGUAUCAGAAAACUUCCAGUGACAGUGUGUUCAAAAGUGAGGACAUAGACAUAGUUUCUAAAUCAUAUACAGAAAGGUUUGUGAUGACGGCCUGUUAGAAUGGAAUUCUCUAUGGCUUGCGGGUAGGCCCUCGUAAUUUUCGUCGCUGAACGCGCGUUUUUUCGCCCGCGGAAAACUUGAGACGAGUCGGGAGUCUGGCGCUAGUUAUCAGUGUAAGACCGCUUGCAGAUCUCUCGCCGGCUCGCGUUGAUCAAGGCUUCCUACUUUCUCGCAAGCGAAGAAACACCCGUGCUGAAGCGCUAAUGACGAGGGCCUACUCUUCGGCUAACUUCUUGAUUAUUGUCUUUGCUGUUGAGUAUGAAUUGAGUUCAGGUAAGUACGUCCUGUCGAAGGAGACUCUUCAUUGUGCGGUGAGCAUCACUAACAUUUGCACCUUUGUUUUGGUUCUGUUGCAGCUGCUUACAAGCACGCGGAUGGAAAGAAGAUCGACGGUCGGAGGAUCGUGGUAGAUGUGGAGAGAGGUCGCACAGUCAAAACAUGGAAACCAAGAAGGCUUGGUAAGUCACCACUUCCAGUCUUGCAUGCAUCAGUAUGAAUAUUCUCCACAUUAUUCCGUAUACUUGUUCUACUGUAUUGACAAGGAGAACAUGGUUAACAAUCCAAGUUUUCCCUAGGUGGCGAUCAUUUCUUUUAUUCUCAUAACCUAGAUGGUUGGUUCCGCGAAGGUGUUGUAAGGAGAAGUUAGGGCAAGUCAUUUUCAGAAGAUAAAGGGUUAGACGGCUGCAAGCUAAGCUGCCUUUCCUAUGAUUUUAACCAGGCUCCAGUGCCGUUUAUCAGCAGCUGCCUUUCCUUUGAUCCCAAUGGACAAGCUCAAAUAAUGACUUUGUCUGCUUGUUUAUUUAUCAGUAACACAAUGAUAGCCUAUGACGAAACUUUGUUUUCAUUUGUUAUAAAGACAUCCGUGUUUCGGUUGAUAUUGAGAUAGCAGCAGAUUAGGUUAAUAAGACCCUUUGUAGACUAGUACCUGUUAAGAACGUUUAGACCUGGGAGACUUAGUCUUAACGUUAGUUCCAAGGUCUCAGCUUUCUGUUUUUCUUAACUUUUGAAAUAACCGUCACAUCAUACACCUUUUUUAAAGAGGUUCCUGCUCAUCAUUGGCCGUGCUCUUAUCCCAGUUCGGGCACAGAACUUGAAAAACUUUUUGUGCAGCAGUUAUUAAAAUGAAUUAUUACCCUGGCUUAAUCGGGCUCCAUUUCCGCAGUUUCCUCGGGUCCGAUCUCCGAGGAGCGCGGUUACAUUACUGAACAACGGCUACUAAUCGGGCCCAGGCCUAUCUCUGAGUGCUCAGUUUUCAGCGCCAUGAUCUUUGUCAAUUGCAAUAUUUGCAUUCACCUUUUAAGUGAGAUAGCUCUGAUACUGAAAGGCAUCUUUUCGUCCGUAGGUGGAGGACUUGGAGGAACUCGUAUCGGUGGGCCAGACGAGAAUGUAAAACACUCUGGACGUGUGGAGAAUACAGAAAGAUACGAGUAAUGAAUUUUACAUAUUGGCACAAAUCAGAUACUUCUACCGCGAGCCUUUUCCUUUGAAUUUGUAAACGUAUUCUUUUGCCUUAUUGGAGUUCAUAUUCGGCACAGUUGCCACAAUAGGUGAAAAUCAUAAAGAUGCAUAUGUGGGAAAGUAAUAUUGACUGAAGAAAGAUUUUCUGCAGUCACAAACACCGCAUUGAAAUAGUAGCAAACAACCCUCACAUCUUUCCUUUCUUGCAGUCAUCUUUUACGAAUAUUGUAACAGUGACAUAAUGGCCAGCUCACAGUGUUGGCUUAAACUGUGAUGAUCUUUCUUUAGUUCAAAGAGUUCUGAUAAUGUCAUUAGGCGAGAAAAACGAUGAGAACUUGUAAGCAACGUGCACUGUUCCAUUUAUUUGACUCGACUCAUUUACUUUGCAGGGACCGUGAACGCGGCGAAAGGGACAGAGGAGGAGGAGGAGGAGGAGAACGUGAGAGGGAACGAGAUCGCGAGCGCUAUAGGGACCGUGAGCGUGACAAAGAUCGUGAGCGUUACAGGGACCGUGACCGAGAUCGCGAAAGAGACCGUGAUCGUGAUCGUGACCGCGAAAAGGAACGUCGAAAGCACCGAAGUAGGUCACGUGAGAAAGAGCGUGAUAAAGAUCGUGAUCGUGAUCGAGACCGGUAAGGGAGAACCUUUCAUUUUGUACUUCAAUGGGUAAAUAUUCUUGUUUCCCUCACCUUUUCUGUUUAUAACGCUGGUUUUAAACUAUGUAACGCUCUUUUAUCGUAGGGACAGGGAAAGGCGGCGUGAUCGUGACCGUGAUAGAGACCGUGAUCGCGAUCGUGAUAGGGAAAGGGAGCGCGAUAAAGACCGUGACCGUGAUCGUGACGGAGAGCGAAUCAAGGAAGAACCGAAUGGUGAAUACCCACAGUAUGACAACGACAACCAGAUCGACAACAACAACUUGGAUAUGGUAGAUUAA